AAUGUCAAAUAAGAACAAAAAAUAGAAUGUCAAACUUUAGUUGUCGUUCGUUCACUUUAAUAUAUUUCUUAAAUUCUUUGAUGUUCCUAUUUACGCAUCUAUAAAUAAUGAAUGGGCAUGGUUUCAUUGCUGUGCAUUGCGGGGCUGGCUAUCAUAGUGACUCUCUGAAGAAGGAGUACCAGAAAACUUGCUAUAUCGCCUGUAGGAAAGCUGCGGAAAUCCUAAAAAAUGGUGGAAAUGCUGUUGAAGCAGUUGAAAAAGCUAUAAUUGAAUUAGAAAACAGUCCACUAACAAAUGCUGGUUAUGGCUCCAACUUAAGCUGGGAUGGUUUAGUAGAAUGUGAUGCCUCUAUUAUGAAUGGUCAAACAUUACAUUUUGGAGCAUGCGGAGCAGUUUCUAAUGUAUGGAACCCAAUAUCAUUAGCAAAACACCUUUGCAUAAAACAGUGUGACAAUCUCUCUCUUGGCCGUGUGCCUCCAUGCAUUCUCACAGGACAGGGAGCACGAUUAUGGGCAGAAAGAAUGGGCAUAGAAAUAGUUGAAAAUAGAAAAAUGAUCUCAGCUCGUUCAUUUCGAAACUAUAAACACUGUAAGCGAAAAUUAAAAAGAUAUUCUUUACAGAAUGAUAUUAAAUUCAGCCCAUUAGACACUGUAGGAGCUAUCUGCGUUGACUCAAACGGCAUUGUGGCAUCAGGAGCUAGCUCAGGUGGAGUCUCGCUAAAGCAUGAAGGGAGGGUUGGUCAAGCAGCUUCAUUUGGCAGUGGAGUAUGGGCAGUAAUGAGCAGAGACAGAAAAAAGCCAUCAGUAGCUGCUUGCACCUCUGGCUGUGGAGAGCAUUUAAUUCGCACUCAGUUAGCUAAAAAUACUGCAGAGAGUUUGUUAGAAGCUUCUCCAAUUUUAGGUCUUGACAAAUGUUUUAAAGAACACUUUCUUGAAUCACCGUUCCUAUGGGAUGUUCCUGAAAGGUUGGGUGGUACACUGGCCUUAAGAUUUGAUUCAGAAAUUGGUGAAGGUGAACUGCUAUGGGGUCACACUACUAAAACUAUGUGCAUUGGGUACAUGUCUACUGAAAAUGAAAGACCAAAGUGCAUAAUCUCUUAUCUCCCCCCAAAAGUAGAACCAGGCCAAAAAGCAGUUGUCUCUGGUCAACCAUUUAAAGUACCAAUACAACCCUGCCCAGUUCUGCAAUGGGAAAUCAAGACUACAGCCAAUUGUAACGGAUCUCUUUAAUUUUAUAUGUAUUUAUAAGAAUAACAUAAUGCCUAUAAUAUAGCCCAUAGCAGUUUUUAGUACUUUAGUAUUCAAUUUAGCUACUCACAUGUGAAAUGUAAAGCAUUUAGGAUUAUGGUUUCUUCUUUGUAAAUAAUAAUUUUAUUUACAAAGAAUGUAAGAUCUGAAAUAAUUAUAAUAGUAAAUAUAUCCAUGACUUACUCAAUAUUAUUUUUAAUGUAUAUUAAUAUAAACACAUUUCUAAUAUUGUAAAAUUAAUUUUAUUUCCAAAUAAAAAGUAAAAAUACAUUAAAAGUGUUACUACACAAUGUACAAGAGUAGAUGAGUAAUAAUUUUCUAAAUUGUGAUGAUAAAAAUUAAUCAUUGAUUGUGAUAUCUUCAGAAUUACACUAUUGUUUGAAAUAUGAUAGUAAAAUGAUAUAAGCCUAUUAAAAAUGUUCAUAGAAAAAACAACACUUGUAUGAACUAAUGUUUUAAAGCCAACAAAAUAUAAAUAUUAAUAAUAAUAUUAUAUCAAGCAACUAGCAUAUUAAAAUACACCUUUUAUAUACCUUAAUUAUAUUAAUUUAAGUUAAAUACCAAACUUCAGACUGUGAAUUUAAACUAAGUACAAGAAUAUUUUAAUCAAAAUAAAACAUUCAACAAGUGAGA